AUGAAAUGUUCCGGCGCCUUGGACCUCCUGUUCCUAUUGGACGGCUCCUACAGCGUGGGGAAGGGCGGCUUCGAGAGAUCCAAGCACUUCGCCGUCAAACUCACCGAGGCGCUCGACGUCCGCCCGGACAAGGUUCGAGUCGGUCUGAUUCAGUUCGGGUCCAUUCCUCGUCUGGAGUUUUCUCUCAACAAAUACAGCAGUAAACAAGAAGUAAAGAAACACAUGAAAAGGGUUUCCUUCAGGCAAUAUUACAGACUACCAGAGGGGACACUGGAGCUGGCCAAAAUCAGCAAAGUGUUGAUGGCCAUGGAGCAGGGAAGAGUGACGGAAUUCAAAGGAAAGAGCCUCGACCAGAUACAAAUUGAGCCUGAAGGGAGAGCAAUGCACCCCAUGGUAGUGGCAGUGCCCCUUCUGAACGUAGGGGGGAGCACGCAGACCGGCCUCGCUCUCAAAUACAUUUCCAGGAAAGGAUUCCAAGGCGGUCGGAAUUCGUCCGGCGUGGCUCAGAUCGGCGUCCUUCUGUCAGACGGUCGUUCUCAGGGCAACGUGGUCCAAGCGGCGGCUCGACUGAAGGAGGCUGGAGUCGUGCUGUUCACGGUUGGACUGCGCUAUCCCAGUGUGCUGUCGUGGGCCGUAUUUCGCUCCCUGGGGUUGGCCUGCCUGGGGUCGGCCUGCCUGGGGUCGGCCUGCCGGGAGUCGGCCUGCCUGGGGUCGGUCUGCCGGGGGUCGGCCUGCCUGGGGUCGGCCUGCCGGGGGUCGGCCUGCCUGGGGUCGGCCUGCCGGGGGUCGGCCUGCCGGGGGUCGGCCUGCCUGGGGUCGGCCUGCCUGGGGUCGGCCUGCCGGGAGUCGGCCUGCCUGGGGUCGGCCUGCCUGGGGUCGGCCUGCCUGGGGUCGGCCUGCCGGGAGUCGGCCUGCCUGGGGUCGGUCUGCCGGGGAUGGUCGGAGCUGCACGCCGUGGCGAGCGAACCCAUCCAGAGCCACGUCUUCUUUGCUGAGCAUUUCACCGACGCCAUCAACGGACUCUACACGACUCUCAGCACCUUCUCCGUCUGUGAUGCGACGCCCAGUGGAUGUCACGUGGAGUCGUUCCCGUGUGAGAGGAAGACGUUGGAGACGGUGAAAACUCUGCAGGGAAAAUUCAUGUGCUGGAAAGGCUCCAAAGGGUUCUCUGUGUCCACAUCGCUCUGUCCUUUUUACAGUUACACCAAGACGUACCAGAGACACCCGACGGUCUGCCACCGCACGCUCUGUGCCGCUCCUGCCGUGGCUCUGGACUGUGCUGUGGACCUGCUCUUCCUGCUCGAGGGAUCGUCCUCUCUCAGACUCUCAGACUUCCUCCGCCUCAAGUCUUUCCUCAAACGUUUCCUCCAGACCGUGAUGGCGCAGGACACGCCCAGUAGGGUCGGUCUGGCCGUGUACGGUGGAGACACCACAGUGGAAGCCCAAGUCGGUGCUUUCUCUGGAGACGUGAAGGGUUUACUGAGGGCGGUGGACGCUCUUCAACCUGUGGGAGGAGACACCAACACGGGACACGCUCUACGUCACGUCACACGCCACGGCUUUGUGAGCGCUCAGGCGUUUGCGGACGUUGGAGAGGAUUUGCCUCGAGUGGUGGUGCUGCUCAGUGCCACGCCGUCUGCAGAUGACGAGGUGGAAGCGUCUAAGUAUGCACGGGACCGGGAGAUCUUUCUGGUGGGAGUGGGACCAGAAAGUCUGAAGGAGAAACUGAACAACAUCACAGGGAACCCCCAGAGGACGCUGACCUACUCCACUCCAGACUGGUUCAACGCCAAGAUCCCGGAGCUGAAGGCCAAGAUCUGCAGCGUGGACACUCAAGGCUGCCUGGGACAAGCCGUGGACCUGGUGGUGGCGUUGGAUGCGUCUGGAGGAGUGGGAAAAGACAACUUCCUGUCUCUGCGUGACUUCGUGAGCGGCCUCACGGUGCAGUUCGACAUAAACCGUGACGUGGCGCAGGUGGCUCUGGUCUCGUACGCUCGCCGCGCCACCACCGUCUUCAACCUGGACGUCCACGACACCGGCUCCUCCAUCCUCAAGGCCGUCCAGGAGGCCACGUACCUGGGGGGUGUGGCCUCUACCGGGGCGGCCCUCCUCCACAUCCACUCCGACGUCCUGACCGUGGCCAAAGGGGCGCGGCCCGGAGUCAACAAGGCCGUGGUGGUCCUGACUGACGGGUCCAGUGCAGAGGACGCGGUGGUCCCGGCGCAGAGACUCAGAGACAAUGGAGUUUCUCUGUUUGUGAUCGGAGUCGGAGACGUCCAGAGGGAGAGGCUGCUGCCCAUCGCGGGGUCCGAGGAGCACAUGAUCUCUGUGGCGUCGUACGAGGACCUGAAAUACUCUGAGGACGUGUUGGUGCAGAUGGUGUGCACAGAGGUGAAAAAGCCCGUGGACCUGUGUCGACCCAACCCUUGCAUGAACGACGGCGUCUGCACCGCGGCGCCCGGAGGAAACUACCGCUGCCGUUGCCGCGGUUACGAGGGGCCGCACUGCGAGACCAAAAGCAGCAGCAGAUCUUUGGUCCGAGGGGAUCAGCCCAAACCUGCAGGUCUGAGGAGGAGCCGACAGAAGAAAAGCAACCGAGAGCUGCUGCAGGACUUUAAACAGCAGCGCAGACAGAGGCGUCACUGA